AUGUUCAUUGAGGACUCGUCUAAUGGACUCAGCUCUGCUCUGGACUCUGUGCUUCAGGUCAAUCCUGACACCGAGAGCUCCACAGAUCCACUACAGGACCUAGUGUCCCCCCACGGGACCUUCAGCUUGAGCACAGAGGAGCCGUUCUGUCGUAUCUGUCAUGAAGACAGCGCUGCGGGUGAUCUGUUAUCUCCGUGUGAAUGUGCCGGAUCUUUGGCGAUGGUUCACCGUUUAUGUCUGGAGCAGUGGCUCACGGCCUCGGGCACAAGCAGCUGUGAGCUCUGCCACUUCCAGUACGCUCUGGAGAAACUCCCCAAACCUUUCACUGAGUGGUUGAGCGCUCCUUCAGUGCAGCAGCAGAGGCGGACACUGUGUGGAGACGUGAUCUGCUUUCUGUUCAUCACACCGUUAGCCAGUCUGUCGGGCUGGUUGUGUGUGCAGGGAGCCAUGGAUCUCUACUACAGCAAUGGCAUGGAGGCCGUCGGACUCAUUAUCCUCACACUCACCCUCUUCACUAUAUACCUCUUUUGGACUGUCGUAUCUCUUCGUUACCACAUCCACCUUUUCAGGACGUGGAAUGCGACGAAUCCCAGUGUCCGACUUCAGAUUCCCCGUCCUGCGAAAGCAAAACAGAGGCCUAAACAUCUCACAAUGCACUUCUUGUGCAAAUACAAGAAAAAGGAGACGGUGGUGUAGUGCCUGCAACCACAUCAGGAAGAAAACAGACUAACAGUGAUUACACCAUUUUCUGCGAAGCCCUGAUU